GAAGCGUUCCCUCCCUCCUUGAGCGCGCAGCUUUUUUGGGGGAAAACAGCGGUGGAAAAAAAAAAAUCCAGUCAGCGUUUUGUAGCACUUUCAGAUGACUUCUUCUACCUCGUUAGAGAUAUUGGCAUAGCUAUCACACAUCAUUUUGCGCCAGUUUAAGGACUGUUUUAGGGACAAAUUGUCUACAAGGGGCAACUGGAGCGGGCAGCUCUUAUAAUGCGGAGAGAUCAAGUCUCAGUAGUUUGUCGGCAUGAACGCAGCGCAGACGGACCCUGAGUAACUGCUUUUAUGGAUUGACUGGUUCUUUGAUUGGCAUUUGAUUUUUUUUUCCAGUGUCAGAGGAUUCUUUUUUCUUUGUCGUGAUUAGUCCAUUAUUCCGAAAAAAAAAAAUAAAUAAAAAUUGUGGAUUACUUUUUGGGAAUCGAGGAUAUUUUCCGAGGUGCAUGUUUAUUUAAAAUUUUGAAUGAGGGUGUUUUACAGUUAUCCUGCGCCUGGGUCAAGGAUCCGGAGAGGGGAAUUAAUCUUUCAAAAGGUGGAAAUAUUAGUGUAAUUCGACCCCAGCUCAUCCUUCUUGUCCAAAAUGAAGUCUAUCACUGUGUGGAUGUGCGUCUGCACCCUUGUUCUGCUCCCAGAUGAGGCAGCAAGUUCCUUGGAUGUUCCCUCAGCUUUGUCUGUAUCCUUGGCUAACGAUGCUCCAGGAUCUUCAAGCAUCAAGUCUGGCCCUGGAGCUCAGCAAGAAUGGGUGGACUGCAUUCAGGCAAGUGAAAUGUGUAACCAGGACCCUCAGUGCAGCUCUCGGUACAGAGUGAUGCGCCAGUGCCUUGUGGGCAAGGAGAAGGAUGCCAUGCUAGAUAGCAACAGGGAGUGCCAGGCUGCACUGGAAGUGCUGUUGGUUAGCCCUCUCUUUGACUGCCGUUGCAAGAGGGUCAUGAAGAAGGAGCCACAGUGUCUGCAGAUCUUCUGGUCUAUCCACAUGGGACGAGCUGAAGAUGAAGACAUGGAUGACUUAUCGCCGUAUGAACCUGUCGCACCCAACUGGCACCCUGACACAAGUCGCUUGGCUUCUAUCUCUUCAGGUAUCACAGCAUGA